AUGACCCUGCUGCUGCGGCAUUCCCUGCCUAUUGCAGACAGCAGGAAAAUCCUCCUGCAGUUUUGUCAGAGCUUUUUGGCAGGCUGCACGGCCAGCUGUGGUGCCGUGGCCCUCACCAACCCGCUUGAUGUAGUUCGCACGCGGCUGGAGCUACAGGGGGAGCUGGCCAAGGGGGGCGCGCAGAUUUAUCAUGGCGCGAUAAGGGGUCUGGGCAAGAUGGUCCGACAGGAGGGUCCGACGGUGCUGUUUAGGGGCCUCAAACCGGCCUUUGCCUUUCAGAUUGCCGUGAACGGGACGCGCCUCGGCACGUUCAUUCCGCUGAGGAAGUGGCUGGUAGAGCAGACAAGGGAGCAUGAAGUGGACCCCUUCUUCAUCAGUCUGCUGGCCGGCUCGCUGUCUGGCAUGGUUGGGGCAGCCAUUGGCACCCCGUUUCAACUUAUCAAGACCCGCAUGCAGGCGGCAGCCAGCGGCGCAAUUCGACAGCCGUACCGAGGUUUGGGCCACGCACUCGCGAGCAUUGUUGCCAAUGAAGGCGUGUUUGGGCUGUACCGCGGCGCUCAUCUGAAUAUGGUCAAGAUUGCAGUGGCGUCCGCGAUUCAGCUGGCGGUGUUUGAUGGUGUCAAGGCGCGCCUGCACCAGGAGCAGCAGUGGGGCCGUGAGCACCCUACCGCCGCGCUCCUAGUCUCAGCCAUGUGUGCGGGGCUGGCGGUCACGGCCGUCGUCCAGCCUGUGGAUGUAAUCACCACGCGUCUCUGGAAUCAGCAAGUUGUGAAUGGCGUGGGCACGUUAUACCGCAACGCCUGGGAGUGUGCGGCGAAGACGGUGCUGGCAGAAGGCCCGCAGGCACUCUACAAGGGCUGCACAGCGCACUUUCUGCGAGCAGGGCCGCACACAGUGCUUACGCUCCUGCUGCUGGACCGCAUGCAGCGUGCGCUGGGCCUGCAUCCGGCGCAGCAACCAGUGGCAGGCGGCGCCAAGCGGCCGCCGCUUGGCAAGUGA